GCACAAACAACUGAUGACUGCAAGAACACACUAGGGACCCCAGGGGUGAGGCAGGGAGAGACGGGACGGCGGAGGCUGCUAAAAGCAGCUUCUGAGUUGGUUUCCCGCUCUGGGCAAAACCAUCCCUCCGGUUCUAGAGGGAAACUUACAUCAUGAAGCUGCUCACUCUCCUGUUCCUCUGCUCCACACUCCUCCUCCCAAGUCUAACACAGGAAGAAGAAGACCCACAGGCCAUCGACUGCAAUGAUGAGGAUGUGUUUCAGGCCGUGGAUGCUGCUCUGAGGAAGUAUAACUCGGAGCUACAAAGCGGCAACCAGUUUGUGUUGUACCGAGUGAUGGAGGGCACUAAAAUGGUCGACUCUGGAACGUUUUAUUCCUUCAAGUAUAAAAUCAAGGAGGGCAACUGUUCCAUUCAAAGCGGCCUCACUUGGCAGGACUGUGACUACAAGGAUGUUGAGGCAGCCGACAAUGGAGAAUGCACAGCAACUGUGGGGAAGAGGGGACCCAAGAAGUUCUCCGUAGCUACUCAGACCUGCAAGAUUACUCCAGGGAAGGGCCCUGUUGUGGAGACCAAGUUCACCUGUAUGGGUUGUGUGUAUCCCAUAUCGACCAAUAACCCUGACCUGGAGCCCAUUCUGAAACAUGCCAUCGAACACUUCAACAAUAACACAAAUCAUUCCCACCUCUUCACUCUUAGAGAAGUAAAAAGAGCCUACAGACAGGUGGUGGCUGGACUGAAUUUUGAAAUUAACUACUCAAUUGUGCAAACUAAUUGUUCGAAGGAGCAUUUUCAGUUACUACAUCCAAGCUGCAAAGCCUCUCCGGAUGGUGAUCUUGGUGAAUGUAGAGAUAAUGCCUAUGUGGAUAUUGCUCAAAACAUUGCUGACAUCUCCCAGAGCUGUGACCUUUAUCCAGGAGAAGAUUUGACUCAACCACUUCCUGAGAUUUGCCCUGGCUGCCCCGUAGUCAUACCUGUAGACAGCCCAGAUCUGAAGGAGCCACUGGGACAUUCCAUCAAAAAGCUUAAUGCAGAACAUAACCAUCCUUUCUAUUUCAAGAUUGACAGCGUGAUAAAAGCAACGUCACAGGUGGUGGCUGGAAUUAAUUAUUUUAUCGAGUUCAUAGCCAGAGAAACCAACUGUUCCAAGGAGAGUGACACUGAGCUGACAGAGAAUUGUGAGACCAAGCAUCUUGGUCAAAUUCUCAAGUGCAAAGCUAACGUAUACAUGAGACCGUGGGAGAACAAAGUCCAGCCGACUGUCAACUGCCAUGCAUCAAACAUGGCUUUACUGAGGAUAAGGCCUCCAGGUUUUUCACCUUUCCGGGCAGUCCAAGUACAAGAAACAAAUAAAGGAGCAACUGUAAGUCCGCCCUACACUGCUGUGGUGCAAGAAGAGCAGGAUCCAGAAAGAGAACUUGGACCCGCUCAUGAGCAUAGCUGGUUGCAUGAAAAGCAAAUAAAGCAUAAGAUUGACCGUGGUCAUAAGCAUGGGCAUGACCAAGGCCAUCAGCCCCCAAAGAGCCAUGGCCUUGGCCAUGGACAUCACAAACAGCAUGGUGUUGGCCAUGGACAUCAACUUAAACUUGAUUAUCUUAAACACCAAGGGGAAGAUGGCUUUGGCCAUGGGCAUACACUGGGACAUGGUCGUAAGCAUGGUCAUGGUCAUGGUCAUGGUCAUGGUCAUGGUCAUGGUCAUGGUCACGGCAAUGGUAAACACAAAAAUAAAGACAGAAACAAUGGAAAGCACACUGACCAGAGAGCAGAGCCUUUGACAAGCUCCUCUGAACACAGUACUGCUUCUCCCACACAGACCCAGGGGAGGACAGAAGGGAGCACCCUGAACCCUCCACUGGCCCAGCCAAGUGUAAUGGUUAUCCCUUCUCGCUCUCAGGACUCAGAUUUCAUUGAAGGUGUGGUGGCAACCACAUCGCCACAUGCCACAGAGAUCCGUGAUGAUUUGAUCCCUGAUAUCCAUGUACAGCCAGACAGCCUUUCAUUUAAGCCGAUAUCUGAUUUUCCAGAAGCAACUUCCCACAAGUGUCCUGGACGCCCGUGGAAGCCAGUUAAUGCAAAGGAUCAUACCACAGAAACGGGAGACUAUUCUGAUUUUGAUCUCGUUGAUGCUCUUUCUUAAUUUAUAGAGCCUGGGUAUCUUUACAAACCCUUUCCCAGCCUCAUUCCCUAGUGCCCAAGCACAAAUAUUGCUAUAUAAGUCACCAAAUCAUGAGGCUUAGAACAGCCUAGACAUACUAAGCCUCUUAUAGGACUCCAUAAAUCUCUGUGGACUAAUAAAACUGCCAUAAUUCUGCA